GUUCAUGAAGUAUCGAGAGCUAAGAAUCGAUAGGCCUACAAAAAAAAAUUCUCUUUUUUUUUACCUGAACAAGUUUUAGGUUGAAGAACACACCGAAAUGGCCAUUAUAUAUCUUAACAAUGACCAGAUCAAGGGAUUCGAUAAAUAUAAGUACAGCAGCUUGGAUACGUCACCAUUAGCUACCUAUGUCCUGCAUCCAGUUUGGAAUGCACUUGUCAAGUUAUUCCCUAUGUGGUUGGCUCCAAACCUCAUGACUUUCAUUGGGUUCCUGUUCUUCGUGUGCCAGUUCCUGCUUGUAGCCUAUUAUGACUGGGACUUCUGCGGUAGCAACAGGACCAAGGUUGAGUAUCCAACCAUUCCUGGCUGGGUUUGGUUUGUUGCAGGCAUCUGCCAGCUCGCCGGACAUUCAUUAGAUGGAUUAGAUGGUAAGCAAGCUCGGAGAACUGGCUCAAGCACACCACUGGGGGAGCUCUUUGACCAUGGAAGUGACAGUAUCCUGUGUGGUCUCAUGCCAAUUGCAGCCCUAUCGGUCUAUGGCAAAGGAUGGGAAGAUUAUGGAGGAUCAAGUUGGAUAUUCUUUGUGGCACAGUGGCAUAUUACGGGUGCUUUCUUCUUAUCUCACUGGGAGAAAUACCUGACGGGUGUCUUUUACCUCCCUUGGAGCUCCGACUCUAGUCAAUUGUGUACGGCUAUAGUAUACCUGUUGACUGGAAUAUUUGGUUAUGAAGUCUGGAAAGUUACUCUCCCACUUGGAAUUCAGUUUAACUACCUUUUUCUUGCUAUAUGUUUUGAAGAGAUCACCUUCUUUGGUUUCGCAUUUAUAGUUAUGCUCGCUGGUGUAUUUUUUUUGUCAUUGCCACUAACCCUCUACAAUAUAUACAGGUCAUACCGAGAUGGAACAGGGAAGAAUCGUUGCUUCAGUGAAGCCAUGUGGCCUCUGGUCCCCAUGAUAAUUCUCUUCCUGGCCUCUCUUUUUUGGGGUAUAUACUCGCCAACCAAUAUCUUAGAAUACCAUACCAGGAUAUUUCUACUUACUUUCUCCGCUGUCUUCUCUAAUAUAACCGUCCGAUUGAUCAUCAGUCAGAUGUCUGAUACAUUAGCUUCUACAAACAACUCUUUAUUGAUGUUAUAUGGAGUGGCAGCGUUUGCAGUCUGUGUUCUAGGCCUAGCAGAGUACGAGGUUCGCAUUCUUCAUGGUCUGUUUGUCGUCAUAGAACUCCUGCACUUCCACUACCUAGUUUCGGUGGUUAAUCAACUAUGUGAUCACUUCAAUGUCUAUGCCUUCUCUAUUACCUCACGUCCCAGACAGAAGAACAAUGACAAUUGAGAUGAUACAAGUUCUGUCAUUGGUCAAUACUCAGGUAACAAGGGCUUUGGGCAGACCAAUAGCCAAUCAGAAAUGAGCUUUCUUCACUUGCAACCCUACCUGUUUCCAUACAACUAACUGAUAUUUCAUGUAUCAUAUUGAUCCCAUUACUGGUGAGAGAUAUUUUUUGAAAACUCAUUAUGUUUUAAUACUCAUAAGGUUUAUCAUGAUAUUUGUGCAUACUUAAAUGAUUGAUUUGAAUAAGGUAUUGCUCGGGAUUUGCUUUAAGUAUUCAGUUCCUGGCAUCCAUGCGACUCUCCUUAUCCUAUUGUUUGUUUAUAUGUUUGAUUAUGCCGAAUAAAAUAAUAAAAACGAUAAUAAUUAUAUGGCCAAUUCCACGGUCAGUCGCAUUACACUUUGACAUGUCUUUUCUAUUACUUGGUGGUCUCAGUUUUACAGGGUGAGUCUUUCUGUCAAGUUUCUGAAUUUAUCUUGACAAGCAAGGCUUUAUAAAGACAAUACAGAAAAGUUGCAGGCUGUAAAUUUUGGAUGCAAUGACGUCUCCAAAAUCGGUCAGUUGCAUUACACAAAAAGGACAUGGAAAAAGUGAUCAUUACUUUAAAUAGCUCUUUCAAAUCAAAACUCUUUUACUAAUUUCAAUACCUGCAAAACAUCACUUACCUAUAAUAGAAGUCUCAAAUAAGUCAUUUGAAUUUUGGGAGCAACUUCAAGUUUCUUUUGUGGAUAGAAAAACUCUGGUCAGUCGCAAUCCACUUUGUCCGGCACCACAAAUUUGAAAUUUGUUAACCCUUCCCGCAAUUUAUUUUUGUAAAUUUUCUUUUAAUAUGAUACAAAAUAAUGACCUUCAGAUAAUCCAACUAAAAACUUUACGAAGCAAACAAUAGUUUUCUGUUGAAUUGAAAUGAAGUAAAACAAAUAUAUAUAUAUGUAGUGUUGUGUAGUGAUAAGACAUAUCUCACAUAUUCAAUAAUAUAUCAAUACUUUCACAGGAAGUAUAACAGGAAACUAUAUGUUUACCAAUUCCAAAUUUCUUUAGAAAAUAUUACUCAUUAUUCUUCUAGCUAAUUUUCUGACGCACACACAUUUAAUGGGUUUCUUAUUCACUACAUUCCUCCUUCUUACUAAAAGGUUCACUCCCCCUAAUUCAGAGUAAAAUUAUGAUGAACAGUUGUUAUGGUCAAACUA